CACAAUCUGUUUUUCACUUUUUUGGGCCAUAUUCAAUAUCAAAAAUUAUAUACAUAGCCUAGGGAACAAAACUAUAAUUUACUCUACAAUCAAUCUCCAUCAAUAUUUUGCAACGAUCCAAAAGGUGGCAAAAAUCGCAGAUUCAUCAUAUUUCUUUCACCAUUAUUGUCAAAAACAAUUCCGAGUCUCUUUCUACAGAAUCGAUUUGAUCUGUUUAAUAUCUGAAUCUGAUCGAAUGCAACUAUUCAGAAAAGCAAAAAAGAUCCGUCUUCGAAGCGUAAAAGACAAAUACCUAGUGGCAGAUGAUGACGAGGAAACGGUUUUCCAAGAUCGCGAUGGGUCAUCGGAAAAAGCCGAAUGGGUGGUCUACACCGCCGGAAAAAAUCACAUCCGUUUCAAGAGUUAUUACGGAAAAUACCUAAUGGCAUCUAAUACGCCAUUUCUUCAAGGAGUAAAGGGGAAAAAAGUUAUACAAACGGAAUUGAAACCGGAUUUAGAUGGGAGUGUGAAUUGGGAACCGGUAAGGGACGGUUUUCAGGUCCGGCUGAAAACGCACACCGGCAGUUUCUUGCGGCCGAACGGCGGAGUGCCGCCGUGGAGAAAUACGAUCACGCAUGAUACACCGCGGAGGUCAAAAACGCGGGAGAAGGUUUUGUGGGAUAUUGAAACUGUAGAAAGUCUUCCGUCGUAUCAGAAGGGAGAUUAAAAGUUUGAAUCUUUGUAUUCCUUUUUUUUUUUAUUAUUUUUUGCCAUUGAGUUUUGUAAUAAAGAGUUAAAAGUUUAAACUUUAUACUUGUGGUCCAAGUAGGGUUUGUAAGUAUACAUAAAAAUAAAUAUGUAAAAAGAUCAUAUACAAAAAUGAAGAUAUAAAAAAUAAUUUUAUAAAAAUGAAUUCCCAAAAUUCUAAAAAAAAACAUAUAAAAGAAGUUGUAAAAUAAAA